AUGGCUUGCAGCUGCCGCACUGCUGCUUUGCGCAUAUUCGUCAGGGGAUUUACUCAACUGCACAUCGCCGAAAAGGGCCCAGGUGCAGUCGCAUCAUCUGUUUGGCAGCAGCAAAAAACAGUCACAGCUCCGCGGGUUACCUACCGCAACCUGCAUUACACCACAGCAUGCCGUAACAACACCGCCGCAGCCGCCGCCGAGACAUUGCCAACACCGGAGAACACGACAGGCCCGGAACAGCGCCAGCAGAAUGAGGAUGCCGCCGGUAAUGCGGCGAGUUUAGAGUCGGCGUCACUUGCGGAACUGACGCCCGAAGCUAUCGAUGCGCUUGCCUCCGAGAUCACAGCGUCUCGAGAUGUCUCAGAUCGACAGCCCUGUCAGAGCGAGCAGGUAGCGAAAGCGUCCAAGAAGUCACGAACUGUCACACCUGCGUCAGCAGAACCUGAAGCCCGACUUCCUCGGAAGGUCAGGAGACUGUUGCAGUUCGGUCCGGGUGAUACACCGCCGCAGAUAGAGGAGACCCCGCAGGAGAGAAAAAAGAGAAGGCUUGAGACUGCGAAGGUCAAGGCCAAGAAAGACACGAAGAGUGACAAGCAAAAAUUGAAAGAGGCAGAUGGCAAGAAGCAGACAAGAGGCUCGGCCGAAGAGCCAAAACCCAAGAAGGAACCUUGGAUGGUCCAAAAGGAUGCGCUUGAAAAGAAGUUUGGUGAUCAAGGUUGGCGGCCGCAGAAGAAGCUGUCACCAGACGCCAUUCAAGGAAUCAGGGCACUGCAUAAACAAUUUCCGGAUCUCUACACUACACCGGUGCUCGCGGAGCGCUUCGAGGUGUCGCCCGAGGCUAUCCGACGCAUACUGAAAUCCAACUGGACGCCUUCAGCAGAGGAGGAGGAGGACCGGCAGCAGCGCUGGUUCAAGCGGGGCAAGCAAAUCUGGGAGCAGAAGGCUCAGCAGGGUACGAAGCCGCCCAAAAAGUGGCGCGAAGAGGGCAUUAAGACCAACUGGGACGCCAAGCGCGAGUUUGUCAAGAGAAAGAUGGAGCUUCGCCGGAGGGAUAUGGAAGAGGAAGACCUUCCACCACCCAGGAGGUUCAACAACCGGCCUCAUCAACAUGGACCUCAUAAUCGCAAGAAAUCUACUGAUCAGCCAUCACAGGCUCGGCGUCGAAGUGGUGGGCCGAGGAGACUCGGAGGUGUAGGCGGAAGCGGUAGAAGGGAGGAUUGA